CUACGCAAUUUGAGCUCCUUAAUAUAUUUCGAGCACAGUGGAGAUAUAGUUUUUAGAAGAAUUGAACAAGGAGUGAGCUUUCGGAACACUAUUCAGGUCCUGGUGAUAACAUGCAACUACCCGCUGAACAGGACCAUUGGGCUACUUCAACGACUGUAUCAGCCAUAUUUUGCUUUGACGAUUUUCUGCGGUACAUGGCUUCCGCAUCUCUACGACGAUACUAACAGUUCGUUCAAUGUUUAUCCUUUCAAUUCAGGAGUAUUUCCGAGGAUGCUUCGUCCCUUCAAUUAUAUUCACUUAUCAAAAGAUGAAAUUGGCGGAGGACUCUACGCAUACUACUGCCUAUCAAAAGUCAAUGAUCUACGAUUGGAAAAUAUCAAUGGAUACUUCGUGAUGGCCGACGACACCACCUUCAACUUCUGGAACGAAAUUGAGCUAUCAGUCGCUUUUCAAGCAGGGGAUAGUGAGAACGAGAAAGGCGGUUGGUAUAAACUUGAUGUGGGUUUGAAGGCCGCAAAGAAUGUAGUAAGUCUGUUCGAAGCAAAGUAUAAGAACGACACUCAGUUGCAGUCAGCUUGGAUACGUCUUGGGGAAGGAGUGGGUUUAAGUCCGGAAAGUCCAACUUAA